AUUUUACAUUUGCUUGCUCUUUUCUACUGUUUUUAUUAAGAUACAACAAUCCUCUCCAUGGGUCCCACCUCGGGCCCCUCCCCGUCGCGUUUCCGUAGUUCCUGUCCGCGAGCCGUGCUUCCUGGCCUGCUGUCCGCCGCCGCCGCCGCGGCGCCCCCGUCCGCCGACCACCACGCCGCCAUCCGCGACAACCAAAGCCGGACCCAGUGAAAUUGACAGCCCAUCUCGUGUGUCAGACACCAAACCAAAGCAACAGAGAGCCCAAGACAUAGUAGGAUGCUGCGGCGCCUCGUCGGCGGAACCGCCGCCGUGCGUUCGCCGACGGCGGCGGCGUUCCGUCGUCUGCUUCACAACGGCGGAGGAGUUGGCGGAUGUAGCUCGGGGGAGCCGGAGAGCGUGGCGUACCGCAUGUCGAUGCUGCGGCGCCCCUCUUCCGUCAGGAAGAAGGGGCUCACCUGGAACUCGUGCAGCCUCAUCGGUCGCCUCGACGCAUCGGUGAGGCCGUUCGACGGUAGCUCCGAUGAACACCCCAGGGCGUACACCUUCCUCCGCGUCACCCCCUCGUCGCCCGCGGCCUCCUCGAGCUCGUCCAACCUCUCCGUCGCCUCCUCGUCGCCUGCGCCCUCCUCGAGCUCGUCCAAGUUAACAGUGACACUGGAGUUGAAAGGUGAGCUGGCAAAUGUUAGCCUAAAGCAUCUGAAGCGCAAUGACCUUGUUUAUGUAUCUGGUCGUCUGGGCUCUUAUCAUAAAGUCAGUCCAAGUGGUGAACGGUAUAUUUUCUAUAAGAUUUUUGUCAGUGAACUGAACUAUGUUCUUGAUCAAAAUAAGCCUCAGAAUGACUCAGACUCAACAAGUCCACCAUCAAUGCCAUCUGUCACCCCUCAAAUGCAAAAAGAGAAUGAGUGUAUAGGCCGGCUUCGCUUGUGGCAGGUCUUCUUUGCCAACCCUUAUGAAUGGUGGGACAACCGACAAUCCAAACCAUGGCCCACCUACGCUGAUUUCAAGCACAAGGACACUCGUGAGAAAAUAUGGCUUCGUCCAGACGACCCUCCCUGGGUACGAAAGCAGCUUGAAUUACAUGACCUGGAAGUAGCAGAGAAUGGUCACAGGGGCAACAGUCGACUGUUAAAAAGUCAAAAUUGGAAAGCCCAAGAUUUUGACUACUCUGAUGAUGAAGCACAGCAUUGUGCGGAAGCAUGAAUAGGACACAUGACAUUGUCUGCCAAGAAUGAAGAAUUCAACUGGUCAUUUGGGUGGGUGGGGGUGCACUUUUUAAUUUGUCCAGUGAUCUUACUCAAUUGUAUAGAUGGUAUGUUUGGUAGGAUGUGACUUCGCUAAUUAUUGGAACUGCAAGGUUAUUGUGUACUUUGUAACUUUAUUUGUACGUAUGGCAAGGUGCACUGAGUAUUAUUACCAUAUAUAGAGAGUAUUCGUUUAA